GUCCCUUUGCAAUUAGUUCAGGUGUCGGCCGCAGCGUUGGUGUGGCGCUACUUGCCAUCGAUUGUUUACUUCUCUGUUGUGGAGUUCCCUUUGCAAACCCUUUUUUAAUAGACAAAUUACACUGACGCUUCGAGAAAGACAUUAGAGAUGGAGGAGGGUAUACUCUCACUGCGUUGGAAUAAUCAUCGAUCAACAUUUUUCCAUAUUUUAUCUACACUUCAUAGGAAGGAACUUUACAGUGAUGUAACGUUAGCAUGCAAUGGUAAAUUUUUCCCAGUGCAUAAGUUGGUGCUUUCAGUGUGUAGUGAAUAUUUUGAGGAAAUGUUUAAGCAGACCACAUGUAAACAUCCCAUAAUAGUACUUAAGGAUAUUCUUCACGAUGACCUUGAAGCGCUUCUCAAUUACAUGUAUGCGGGCGAGGCAAACGUAGCGCAAAAUGACCUCGCCAGAUUAAUUAAAGCUGCGGAGUGUUUAAGAAUCAAAGGUCUAGCCGUCCCGGAUGAAGCCCCCCCUUCCAGUGAGAGUAAAAGAUCCCAUACCGAGGGGCUGAGAGAGGAAGCGCCUCACCCCAAGCGGCGGAAACACGAUGACAGCUCAUCGGCCUCCUCCAAAUCGAGCCAAGGACGACAGUCAGAGGACGAACCCAAAGAUAAAAAUUGCAAGGAAUUGUCCAGCUGUAUGGAACAACAGCAACAGCAGAGUGGAAGAUAUAGUGGGCAGAGUACAGGAUUACAGCAAAUAACGAGUCCUGAGCUACAACUUGAAUUAGAAAUGGGGAGAUCAAGUCAAGACGACAACAGUGCUACUCAAGAUCUUGCCGAGGUUGUCCUGGAUGAACAGCCGCUGAUCAAAGAGGAGAUCCAGGAGCCCAAACAUGAACACGAUGACGACAUAACACACCAAACGGACUCGGAGGCAAGCAUCAGUUUUGACCCCCUCAAUUCUGGGGAUGAAAGAGGAGGGGGUACAGGCAUAUAUGACCCACAGCUGAUGGUCUCACACCCACAGAGUGUCCUACAAGAUAUCAUGGUGCAAGGGGUCCCGGGCCCUUCUGGACUGCCCACGGACUCCAUCACCAGCUGGGAUUCAGGUGGAAACGUAGGCUUUUCACUAGAAGGCUUCACAGGCGAGGAUGCGAGGACGACCCAGGCCAUGGAGUCUGCGGGCUUGGUUAACCUCGGUCACCCAUGUCCGUUCUGCGGCAAGAGUUCCUUCAGAGACCAGUCAGACCUGAGGCGUCACAUAAGGAUCCAUACAGGGGAGAGGCCUUACAGCUGCCCUCGCUGCCCUUACACCGCUAACAGGAACGAGCACCUGGCCGCUCACCUCCGUAGAAAGCACCCCGUGGAGUGAAUCAACUGACCACUGGAUGAACAAACGCCAAGCUGCUCAUCGACGGAGAAAACAUCUAACGAGCGGACACCUAACACCUAACUCGCCUUCGUAAAAAUAAUUUAGUAGGAGUGACACAGCUGACACACAACUGAAUGAACACCUGGCGACCUGCCUACGUAAGAUACGUAUAGUAGAGUGGCACAAUUGAUCACUUCACUCAACGAACUUCUAGCGACCCGCCUACAUAGAUAGAUAAAAAACAAAAUCGUCAAAGUUCACUGGAAAUUUUGAGUCUGAAAAAGGUCAAAGUCUGCGCUUUGCUGACUGACCAAAGGGAGUUUACACAGAGGAUAACUCACUGAAUAAGGAAAGACGAAUGAGCUAUAUAUAUAUUUGACAAAGGGUUGUUAUUGGGUAAAACAUGUGUAUCUGUUUGUAUUUUCAGAAGUUCAUAUUAAUGAAGUGACCAGAAAUUAUUAUUUUUAAAUUAUUUUUGUUCCAUGGUAGUGACUAUUACUGUAAUGUGUUAGAUGUAAUUAUUAUUAUUAUUUUUAUUAUUAUUAUUGUUAUUAUUAUCACUAUUACUACUACUACUACUGCUAUUAUGAUACCUGCUACCAUUAUUACUACUGUAACUUAUAUUACUAUUAUGAUGAUGAAAAAUUAUAUUUUUUUGCCAUUAUCAUUAUUAUAAGCACAAUAUAUUGGGCUAUUAAUGUUUUUCGAUUAUUUUUGCUAAUAUAAUUUUGUUCAGUUUGCUGACUUUAUAUACUAAUAUGAUUAAUUAUUUAGAUGUCCUGAAGUGACGCAGUAUCACUUUUUAUUACCUCAAGAAUCGUUAUGAUCAGCUUGGUGCUUCUGCAGUUUCUAACUAUGAGAAUAUGCAGAAUAUUAAUAACAUUACUACACAAUUAAUAUGUAUACAGGUACAACAACUGUAAUUUUGAUAAACGGCAUGAUAAGUAUAUACCAUUACUUAGAUAACAUACGUUUAAUAUGUUUUCUAAUCAUAGCUAUAGGUUUUGGGUGAUACCAGCACAAAGUUUCGUCUUAAAUGUUAAAGUUGAACGGCAAAAAAGAGUAUAUAGAAAAAUUAUCCAUUUAGGUUUUAUUAAAGAAGGAUUUCUCUCUUAAGUGUUUGGAUUAUGGCCCUUGGCAAAAUUUGGUAAGGGAAACGUGCCGAAAUUUGUAAUGUCAAGAUUUCCGCUGUGUGUGGGGAAAAAAAUUAUUUGCAAGAGUACAAAGGCCUUUGAAGUUUAACCGAUGACCAAGUGUGUGAUAACGAACACUGAAAUAUCUGCGGUGUACUAAGGAAACAUCGCAGAAAUCUUUGGACGCACAAUCGCAGUGACAUUUUAGAUAGGUGAGAAAAUGAUCGCAAAUUUCUUGAAAAAAAAUAUCCAUUAUAACGAGAUAAUUAAUCCAAUGCAGAUUCUUAUGACUGAUUUAUUUUUAGCAUGGAAUAGUUGUAUAGUAAUUUAUGUUUUCUUGGGAGUGGGGAAAGAUCGGGCUGAAAAAUCUUACCUUCCACCGAAAGUUGAUGCUUCUUGCAUCUGCACACAGUGAUGCAAUGUUGAACUAGCCACAUUAGUAUUUGAUUUAAUUUUAUAUGUAAUAUAUUUUUCAUAUGUUAAACCUUCCAUGUGUUGUACUUUGAUCUAUUCAAACACUUCGAGGUGGACUGUUUAUGAUGAAAUGCUCCAUCGUCUCCUAGUAGGCAAGUGAACAUUUCAUUGAUUAAAAAUUGCAUUAUUACCUUACAUGUGAGUAAAA